AUGGCACCCCCGAGAGCGGCCGUCGACUUUGUCAGCUUUGUCAAUGCCUCUCCCACCCCCUACCACGCCACGAGGUCUGCCGCCGAGCGCUUCGAAAAGGCCGGCUUCACCCUCAUCAAGGAGCGCGACUCGUGGGCGUCGAAGCUCCAAGCAGGGGGGAAAUACUACCUCACCCGCAACGGCUCAUCCAUCGUUGCCUUUGCCAUCGGCCGCAAGUGGCGCCCCGGAAACCCCGUCGCCAUCGUCGGUGCCCACACGGACUCGCCAUGCCUGCGCGUCAAACCGGUGUCCAAAAAGUCCAAUGUCGGUUACCUCCAGGUCGGCGUCGAGACGUACGGCGGCGGCAUCUGGCACUCCUGGUUCGACCGUGAUCUGAGCAUCGCCGGCCGCGUUCUCGUACGCGACGGUGACGACUUUGUCCAGAAGCUCGUCAAGGUCGACAAGCCGCUGCUGCGGAUCCCCACGCUCGCCAUCCACCUGCACCGGCAGAACAGCUUCGACCCCAACAAGGAGACGGAGCUGUUCCCCAUCGCCGGCCUCGCGGCCGCGGAGCUGAACAAGGGCACCAAGACGGAGGAGGAGGAGGAGGCAGACGCCGGCUCGGUCGAGGACUUUCGCCCCCUCGAGCGCAUGACGGAGCGCCACCACCCCGCCCUGCUCGAUGUUCUCUCCGGCGAGCUCAAGGUCGAGGUCGGCGCUAUUGUCGACUUCGAGCUCGUGCUCUACGACACCCAGCAGGCCUGCAUCGGCGGCAUCCACGACGAGCUCAUCUUUUCCCCCCGUCUCGAUAACCUCGGCAUGACGUACUGCUCCGUCAUGGGUCUCAUCUCUUCCGUCAGCGACAGCGCCUCGCUUGACGACGACGAGACGAUUCGAAUGACGGUCUGCUUCGACCACGAGGAGAUUGGCUCCACGUCGGCCCAGGGCGCCAUGUCGAACCUGCUGCCGUCGGUCCUUCGCCGGCUGUCGGUCCUGCCCGGACACCGGGACGAGUCGAGCGAAGGUGGCUACGAGGCCGUCGGCCAUGAGGGCGAGGAGUCGACGGCGUACGAGCAGUCGCUUUCGCGCUCGUUCCUUGUCUCGGCCGACAUGGCGCACGCCGUGCACCCCAACUACGCCGGCAAGUACGAGCCCUCGCAUCAGCCGGCGAUGAACAAGGGCACCGUCAUCAAGGUCAACGCGAACCAGCGCUACGCGACCAACUCGCCGGGCAUCGUCCUGGUCCAGGAGUGCGCCCGCGCCGCCGGGGUGCCGCUCCAGCUCUUCGUCGUCCGCAACGACUCGCCCUGCGGCAGCACCAUCGGGCCCGGGCUCGCCGCCAAGCUGGGAAUGCGUACGCUCGACCUGGGAAACCCGCAGCUGAGCAUGCACAGCAUCCGCGAAACGGGCGGCACGGCCGAUGUCGAUCAUGCCGUGAAGCUCUUUGACGAGUUCUUCGCCAGCUACGGCCAACUGGAGGCCAAGAUUUUGGUCGACUAG